GGUUGCGGGCGACCCAGCGACCCAGCACAUACGGAUUGAGCAGAUUCGGUUGAUGGGGUACAACCCAGACGGGACCAUUUAUUAUGAGGUGAUUGACGACCCAGCGAGAAACUGGGUCCUCCCGAGGGGUAAGAAGGUUGUAUUGCAGUACAAUGCUGCUAUACAACCUGUAGGACGGGCCUGCAAUCGAUUUCGGCGGGCUGAGGGCAAGAUGAUCAGGAGUGGGUCCUACAUACACAUGCGGGACGAAUGGGCGAAGGUAAAUAGGCAGAUUAAGCAGGCAAUGUGGGACGCGCUGAUGGAGGAGUUCUAUGUACCUGUAUCAGUAGACGCGCGCAGGGCACAACAGGAGGCUUUAUGUGAUAUUGGCCGUAAGCACCGCUCGUGGAAGUCGAGGUUCAAAACCAAACUACGUAUUAGAGACGGUGACACGCCCGAGAUUAUCCGUGCGAGAAUGCCGGACAAUUUUUUUGGCAACUAUGACGCAGAAGAUGUAGAGUUCCUGCUGAGAGAUUGGUGCCGUGAGCAAAAAAUCGCAACCUCUGAACGGAUGAAGAGGCUGCGUGAGCAGAAUGACCUUCCUCAUUGUACGGGAUCUAAAAGUUAUGCCAGAUUUAAUCACGAGGAGACAUGUACAUCUGGCACGCCCCCCACUCGCGCCGCGUCGUUCGUGAAGACCCACACAAGGAAGGACGGCACUCACGUGAACGAACGUACACGGGUCCUAUGCGAGAGGAUGACGCAGAGUUUAUCCAGUGAUCCAGCCGCCACGCAAAGCGUCUCCGCAGACACGGUGCGUUGGGCACCGAACGACGCUUACGAACAGGCGGUUGGGAGGCCUGAGUAUGCAGGGAGGGUUCGGCAGGUUGGGCCGAACGUCACACCUGUUCGGGGGACAUGUUUCUCAUAUAGGCCUCGGUCACAAGGGGGACCAUCUCAGGGCACGUCUCGGGAUUGGGCCGAAAACACUCGGAAGAUGGAAGAGAUGCAAGCGGAGCUACAGGCUGAGCGAGCGAGGAAUGACCUGUUGGAGCAGCGCCUGCGACAGGUUGAGGUCUUCAUGUCCUCCAUGGGAGCAUCAGCACCAUGUCUUGGUACGCCUUCACCUGCACACGUAGGUAGUACGUCGUCUGUUAGUAGUGCAUCUGCAGGUAAUUCGACAACGGUUGGUACGUUGUCGCCUGUUGGACGACGGCUGACCCAGCAUUCCAUUGUCGCUACACCUUCGCCCGCUACACCAUUCCUUGCUCAGCAAUCGCCGGUUGGCGAUAACACGCCUGGGACGGUACCUCCUCAUUCGCAGGGACGCCCUUCAGAUUUGUAGAUAUUUUGUGUAAUUAAUUUUUAUGUGUAAAUAUUUGCUUAGUUAACGAAUACGUUAUUAACUUAUGAUUUGUGUAAUAUUAUUUUGUGUAGUUUUUCUGUAAAAUCAAUAUUUUGUUAUUUGUG